CGAUAAGAAAGAAUGAUGACGUAGAUAGCUCGCUUUGCUCGACAGUUGAAUAUAGGGACAUGACGGCAUUGACAGUUACUCUGAUGUCAGCCUGCGUUUAAAUGCCUGUCCGUCUUAGAAACCUCAUAGACGCGUAUUUAUGUAAUCCUCGAUCUUACGCAUGUCUAAGACGUUCCGAGCUGUAUUUAACUCCUUCGACGUUGUCUAGUUUUUCUAUCUUCUAAACCUUAAAGAUUUAUCAACUCAUAAUCUAUCAACUACACAGACCGCUAUAAAUUUAAACUUAAACCUCAACAUCAUACACAAUGUCCUCUGCACCAAACGAAGGCCGCCAGUCUCCUCCCCCUGAGACCCAGAGUGGCCGACAGUUAAAGGAGACACCCGCUUCGGGACAAGGCAUAGAUGAAGCCCCUAACAAGAAGGAAUCCAUGCAGGACCAACUAAGCAACCUAACCUCAAACCCCAAGGGACCCCUCGAGGACGCAGUCACGGAGAAAUUUAGCAAAACUACAAAGCCAUCAUAAAGGAGUUGGAUUUGGUUUGAGGGAUAUUUGGGAGUGUAUAGCAAGCAACACGUUAUUCUAUAGAGAAGGGACAUUGUAUUACAAACAUGUACGGCAUAGUUUAACACAUACGCCAUGAUAUUAUCCGGUUGAAUGGAAACAAUUCACCUAUAACACUGCUGAAUUGUCUA